GUUCAUACCGUUGCAGCUGUUGUAGAAAAGAGCUGCAAUUACUAACGUCAGUCUCGCUUGUCCACGCUACCUUUAGGUUCAAACAUGUCUCACACAAUUCUGCUGGUUCAGCCGACCAAAAGACCAGAAGGGAGAACGUACGCUGAUUAUGAGUCUGUCAAUGAGUGUAUGGAAGGAGUGUGUAAGAUGUAUGAGGAGCAUCUGAAAAGGAUGAACCCCAACAGCCCGUCCAUCACGUAUGACAUCAGCCAGCUGUUUGAUUUCAUUGAUGACCUGGCUGACCUCAGCUGUUUAGUGUACCGGGCUGACACACAGACAUACCAGCCUUACAACAAAGACUGGAUCAAAGAGAAGAUCUAUGUUCUGCUGAGACGCCAGGCCCAGCAGGCCGGGAAAUAGAUUGAAGGAAACAUUCUUGUGGGCUGCACUGAUAUAUAAUUUUUUUUUUUUUUUAAAUCCCUCUACCAAAAAUUUGGUCGUUUGAUUAGAGCUGCCCUGCAUCACUCGGCAAGCUAGCUGGAGCCAGCGAAGUGUUAAGACUCCCCUUGCUUGUAAACAUUAAAAGGUUCACAUAUGUAUACAUCCCCCCCCCCCUUCCCUCCAUGGUUGUUUUCAGAUUUAAUCCACAACGUUAUGAAAGUAGUUGAAAUGAAAACUUGUGUCCCCCAAGAGUUCAGUUUUUUGUGCGUUUUUUGUUUAUCUUAUGACUUUAUCCAGUUUUAUAAAAUGGAGGUAACUGUUAGGUGAUGUUUUGCUUUUGAGCAGUUUUUAUUUUAUUUUGUCAUUUAGUACAAUAAACACUUGAUUGAAAUUA